GGCCUCGGGAGCGAAGGCGGCAGUUCGCUGGGAGUAGCGUCUCCCCUUUUAUCCACCCACCACUCGCAUCUCUGUGCGGUGAGAGGAGGCAGUGAAGGCAAGCCAGUGGCAGUAGCCACGGCCCCCAGGGGAAUUUAAAGGCCGCGGAGGCGGUGACCAAGAGGGGGCCCUCCCCCCCUCCUCGGCGGGAGGGGGGUGGUGCGCACGCCCCCGAGGACGCAGGCUUGAUUCUCCUCAGUACGGCGGCACCGUGGAAGUACAGACCUUCACAGGGGGUGUGGUCUCAGCUCACACAGGUGCUCCAGAAGCUGGUGGACCUGAGCGGAGGCUGGGACGCCCUGGUGGGCCCCGGGCCCUGGAAGGCGGGUCCCGGUGGCCUGUGGCCCAGAAUGAGGCCAGCUCCCAGCAUGCCCUGCAGCCGGACGCCAGCCCCUCGGCCAGCAGCAGUGGUGAUAACAACCCAGUCAUUCUUCAGGCAUCCAACAAGGAGCCUGGGAGUGGGACCAUGCAGAGCAGCCCCUCCACUGCUCACCCUCAGCUCCCAGUCCUACAGACACAGAUGGUGUCGGACGGCAUGACAGGCAGCAAUCCUGUGUCCCCUGCCUCAUCCAGUUCCCCAGCCUCUAGUGGGGCAGGUGGUAUCUCCCCCCAGCAUAUAACUCAAGAUUCCUCUCUCGAUGGACCACCAGGCCAGCCAGAUGUUGCCACAGUGCCCUUGGAGGGGCUCAGCUUACCCCAGGCUGCUGACCUGGCCAACAAGGGCCCAAAGUGGGAGAAGAGCCAUGCUGAAAUUGCAGAGCAGGCCAAGCAUGAAGCCGAGAUUGAGACUCGAAUUGCUGAGUUGCGGAAGGAGGGUUUCUGGUCACUGAAGAGGCUGCCUAAAGUGCCAGAACCCCCACGCCCCAAAGGCCAUUGGGACUAUCUUUGUGAAGAGAUGCAGUGGCUCUCUGCUGACUUUGCUCAGGAGCGACGUUGGAAACGGGGUGUGGCCCGUAAGGUGGUGCGCAUGGUGAUUCGGCACCAUGAGGAGCAGCGUCAAAAAGAGGAACGAGCCAGGAGGGAGGAACAAGCUAAGCUGCGUCGAAUUGCUUCUACCAUGGCUAAAGAUGUCAGGCAGUUCUGGAGUAAUGUGGAAAAGGUGGUGCAAUUCAAGCAGCAGUCUCGGCUUGAGGAAAAACGCAAAAAAGCCCUGGACUUGCAUCUGGACUUCAUUGUGGGGCAGACUGAAAAGUAUUCAGACCUUCUGUCUCAGAGUCUCAACCAGCCACUAACUUCCAGCAAAGCUGGCUCUUCCCCUUGUCUUGGCUCUUCCUCAGCUGCCUCCAGUCCUCCACCCCCUGCCUCCCGGCUAGAUGAUGAAGAUGGGGACUUCCAGCCCCAAGAGGAGGAGGAAGAUGAUGAGGAGACGAUUGAGGUUGAAGAACAACAGGAAGGCAAUGAUGCAGAGACCCAGAGGCGUGAGAUUGAGCUGCUUCGACGUGAGGGAGAACUGCCACUGGAAGAGCUGCUCCGUUCCCUCCCCCCUCAGCUGCUGGGAGGGCCUUCCAGUCCCUCUCAAACACCUUCAUCUCAUGAUAGUGACACCCAAGAUGGUCCUGAAGAAGGUGGCGAAGAAGAGCCCUCUCGGGUGUUGGAGGUGAAGCCCUCACCUUCUGUCACACAGCGCAACAAACAGCCUUGGCAUCCAGAUGAAGACGAUGAAGAGUUUACUGCCAAUGAGGAUGAAGCGGAGGAUGAAGAGGACACCAUAGCAGCUGAGGAACAGUUGGAAGGGGAGGUGGAUCAUGCCAUGGAGCUUAGCGAGUUGGCUCGAGAAGGUGAGCUAUCUAUGGAGGAGCUUCUGCAGCGAUAUGCAGGAGCCUAUGCUUCUGAUGCCUCUGCCCCAGGAUCUGGGAGCAGUGAAGACGAAGAGGAAGAGGAAGAAGAAGAUGAUGAGGUUGAGGCUAACAGCUCUGAUUGUGAAGCAGAGGGGCCCAUAGAAACCGAAGGGGCUCCUCAGGAGGAUAGUAGCAGUCAGUCAGACUCUGCUGAGGAGCAGAGUGAGGAUGAAGAAGAUGAGCACACAGAGGAGGAAGAAACAAGUGGGAGUUCAGAAUCAGAGGAAUCUGAAUCUGAGGAGUCUGAGGAUUCCCAGUCACAGAGCCAAACAGAUGAAGAGGAGGAAGAUGAUGAUUUUGGGGUGGAGUACUUACUUGCCCGGGAUGAAGAGCAGAGUGAGGCAGAUGGGGGUAGUGGGCCUCCCACUCCAGGGCCCACCACCACUCUAGGCCCUAAGAAAGAAAUUACUGACAUUGCUGCAGCAGCUGAAAGUCUCCAGCCCAAGGGUUACACCUUGGCCACUACCCAGGUGAAGACGCCCAUUCCCCUGCUUCUGCGUGGCCAGCUCCGGGAGUACCAACACAUUGGUCUGGACUGGCUGGUUACUAUGUAUGAGAAGAAGCUUAAUGGCAUUCUUGCUGAUGAGAUGGGGCUGGGAAAGACAAUCCAGACCAUCUCCCUGCUUGCCCACUUGGCCUGUGAGAAAGGUAACUGGGGUCCCCAUUUAAUCAUUGUUCCCACCAGUGUGAUGUUGAACUGGGAGAUGGAAUUGAAACGUUGGUGUCCCAGCUUUAAAAUUCUCACUUACUAUGGAGCCCAGAAAGAGAGGAAGCUCAAACGGCAGGGCUGGACCAAGCCCAAUGCUUUCCAUGUAUGUAUCACAUCUUACAAGCUGGUGCUGCAGGACCAUCAGGCCUUCCGCCGCAAAAACUGGCGCUAUCUAAUUCUGGAUGAAGCUCAGAACAUCAAGAACUUCAAGUCACAGCGCUGGCAGUCACUGCUCAACUUCAAUAGCCAAAGGCGCCUACUCCUGACCGGAACUCCCUUGCAGAAUAGUCUUAUGGAGCUGUGGUCCUUGAUGCACUUUUUGAUGCCCCACGUCUUCCAGUCUCAUCGCGAGUUCAAGGAAUGGUUUUCUAAUCCCCUAACUGGCAUGAUUGAAGGCAGCCAAGAGUAUAAUGAAGGUCUGGUCAAACGCCUCCACAAGGUUUUGCGUCCUUUUUUGCUACGUCGAGUAAAGGUGGAUGUUGAGAAGCAGAUGCCUAAAAAGUAUGAGCAUGUCAUCCGCUGCCGGCUCUCCAAGCGACAACGCUGUCUAUAUGAUGACUUCAUGGCACAGACCACAACUAAGGAGACACUAGCCACAGGCCACUUCAUGAGUGUCAUCAACAUUUUGAUGCAGCUGCGAAAAGUCUGCAAUCAUCCAAAUCUGUUUGACCCUCGACCUGUUACCUCCCCCUUCAUCACCCCAGGCAUCUGCUUCAGCACCGCCUCACUGGUGCUGAGGGCCACUGAUGUCCACCCUCUCCAGCGAAUAGACAUGGGUCGGUUCAACCUUAUUGGCCUGGAGGGUCGUGUCUCUCGAUAUGAGGCUGACACAUUUCUGCCCCGGCACCGCCUGUCUCGCCGGGUACUGCUGGAGGUGGCUACUGCUCCUGACCCCCCACCCCGGCCUAAGCCAGUCAAGAUGAAGGUCAACAGGAUGCUGCAGCCAGUGCCCAAGCAAGAAGGCCGGACAGUGGUGGUGGUGAAUAGCCCACGGACGCCCCUGGGCCCUGUUUCAAUUCGACCCCCUCCAGUCCCUGAUCUUUCAUCCCAGCUUACCCCUGGCCCAACCCCUCCAGUGCUGCCUUCACCCCUGAUGGUGUCAGCCUCGCCCACUGGGCCCCCACUUAUUCCUACUUCUCGCCCCACUGGCCCUGUUCUUUUGUCUCCACUGCAACCGAACAGUAGUCCUCUCCCCCAGGUGUUACCAUCCCCUCUGGGUAUCCUGAGUGGAACUUCACGGCCUCCCACACCAACCCUGUCCCUGAAGCCAACUCCACCUGCCCCAGUUCGUCUGAGUCCAGCCCCACCCCCAGGCUCUUCUAGCCUGUUGAAGCCCCUGACAGUGCCACCAGGCUACACCUUUCCUCCUGCUACCGCCACCACUUCCUCUACCACCACAGUGACUGCUACCACCACGGCAGUGCCAGCUCCUGCUCCUACACCACAGCGCCUCAUCCUAUCUCCUGAUAUGCAGGCUCGCCUGCCCUCAGGUGAAGUGGUCAGCAUCGGGCAGUUGGCCUCACUGGCACAACGUCCAGUGGCUAGUGCAGGGGGAAGCAAACCUCUCACCUUCCAAAUCCAGGGCAACAAGCUGACUUUGACUGGUGCCCAGGUGCGCCAGCUUGCUAUGGGGCAGCCCCGCCCGCUGCAAAGGAAUGUGGUGCACCUGGUGUCAGCAGGGGGGCAGCACCACCUCAUCAGCCAGCCUGCCCAUGUGGCCCUCAUCCAGGCCGUGGCCCCGACCCCUGGCCCCACCCCUGUCUCUGUGCUGCCUUCUUCGACCCCCAGCACCACCCCUGCCCCCACUGGCCUCAGCCUUCCGCUUGCUGCUAACCAGGUGCCACCGACUAUGGUGAAUAAUACAGGCGUGGUGAAGAUUGUAGUGAGACAGGCCCCUCGGGAUGGACUGACUCCUGUUCCUCCGUUGGCCCCAGCACCCCGGCCUCCGAGCUCUGGGCUUCCAGCUGUGUUGACUCCACGCCCCACAUUAUCCUCUGGCCGGCUGCCCACACCUACUCUGGCUACAACCCGGAACCCCAUACCCACGCCCACUCUGGUGAGGCCCCUUCUCAAGCUGGUCCACAGUCCUUCGCCUGAAGUCAGUGCUUCAGCACCCGGAGCUGCUCCCUUGACCAUCUCUUCUCCUCUCCAUGUGCCAUCCUCACUCACUGGACCAGCCUCCUCAUCAGUGCCGAUUCCCAGCUCCUCUCCUCUUGCCAGUCCUGUGUCCUCUACAGUCUCAGUUGCAGUGUCACCUUCACUCCCCAUUUCUGUACCCACCACGUUUUCUGCCCCAACCUCAGCUCCACUCACCAUCCCCAUCUCUGCCCCUUUGCCUGUUUCGGCCUCUGGCCCAGCUCUGUUGACCAAUGUGACUCCAACCCUGGCACCUGUUGUUUCACCGGCUCCUGGACCUCCUUCUUUGGUGCCAGCUGGAGCUUCUCCAUCUGCAUCAACCUUGACUUUAGGAUUGGCCACAGCUCCAUCCUUGUCCCCAUCUCAGACAUCUGGUCAUCCUUUAUUGUUGGCUCCCACUUCUUCACAUGUUCCAGGAUUGAACUCAACUGUGGCUCCAGCAUGCUCACCUGUCCUAGUGCCAGCAUCAGCUCUGGCCAGUCCUUUUCCGGCAGCGCCAAAUCCAGCUCCAGCUCAGGCAUCUCUUCUGGCUCCAGCACCUCCUGUAUCUCAGGCUCUAGCCACUUCUCUGGCUCCUAUGGCGGCUUCACAGGCAGCAAUCCUGGCUCCUCCAGCUCCUCUGGCUCCUCUUCCAGUCCUGACACCAUCUCCAAGUCCUGCUCCUGUUCUGGCUCCAGCGCAGACUCCAGUUCCAGUUAUGGCUCCAUCAUCUACUCCAGUAAAUCCUAUAGCCUCAGCUUCUUCACUGCUACCAGCCCCAGCUCCUUCGUUGGCUCCAUCAACUCAAACUAUGGUACCAGCCCCAGUUCCGUCACCUCUCCCGAGCCCAGCUUCUACACAGGCAUUGGCCUUAGCCCCAGCUUUAGCAUCCACUCUUGGAUGCUCAACUCCAUCUCAGACACUCUCUUUGGGAACGGGGAACCCUCAGGGGCCUUUUCCAACUCAGACAUUGUCAUUGACUCCAGCAUCAUCCCUGGUACCAACUCCAGCUCAGACGCUUUCUUUGGCACCAGUACCACCACUGGGUGCAACUCAGACGCUGUCUCUGGCUCCAACACCCCCUCUGGCUCCAGCUUCUCCAAUGGGCCUGACCCCAGCUCACACGCUGACUUUGGCUCCAGCAUCGUCAUCUGCUUCACUCCUGGCCCCAGCUUCAGUGCAAACACUGACUUUGAGCCCUGCCCCAGUUCCGGUGCCUACCCUGGGCCCAGCUCAGACACUGGCAAUGGCCCCAGCCUCGACACAGGCCCCACCUUCCCAGGCAUCUUCCCUUGUGGUUUCGGCAUCUGGUGUUGCUCCCUUGCCUGUCACCAUGGUAUCUCGGCUGCCUGUCCCCAAGGAUGAGCCCGAGACACUGACAUUGCGCUCUGGCCCCCCCAGUCCUCCCUCCACUGCUACCUCGUUCAGUGGCCCCCGGCCUCGACGCCAGCCCCCCCCACCACCUCGUUCCCCUUUCUAUCUGGACUCUCUGGAGGAAAAGCGGAAGCGGCAGCGGUCUGAACGCCUGGAACGGAUUUUCCAACUUAGUGAGGCUCAUGGGGCCCUGGCACCCGUGUAUGGGACUGAAGUCCUGGAUUUCUGUACCCUGCCCCAACCUGUUGCCAGCCCCAUCGGCCCUCGUUCUCCUGGCCCCAGCCACCCCACCUUUUGGAGUUAUACCGAGGCUGCCCAUCGGGCUGUACUGUUUCCCCAGCAACGACUAGACCAGCUGUCAGAAAUCAUUGAGAGGUUCAUCUUUGUCAUGCCUCCUGUGGAGGCACCUCCCCCUUCCCUGCAUGCCUGCCACCCACCUCCUUGGCUGGCCCCUCGUCAGGCAGCCUUCCAGGAGCAAUUGGCCUGUGAGCUCUGGCCCAGGGCUCGUCCUUUGCACCGUAUUGUGUGCAACAUGCGCACCCAGUUCCCUGACUUGAGACUCAUCCAGUAUGAUUGCGGGAAGUUGCAAACAUUGGCAGUGCUGUUGCGACAGCUAAAGGCAGAGGGCCACCGGGUGCUCAUCUUCACACAGAUGACCCGAAUGCUGGAUAUAUUGGAGCAGUUUCUCACCUACCAUGGCCACCUCUACUUACGUCUGGAUGGGUCUACUAGAGUUGAACAGAGACAGGCCUUGAUGGAACGGUUCAAUGCAGACAAACGCAUAUUCUGCUUCAUCCUUUCAACCCGGAGUGGGGGUGUGGGCGUGAACCUGACAGGAGCAGACACUGUUGUUUUUUAUGACAGUGACUGGAAUCCCACCAUGGAUGCUCAGGCCCAGGAUCGCUGUCACCGAAUUGGCCAGACCCGAGAUGUUCACAUCUAUAGGCUUAUCAGUGAACGGACAGUGGAGGAGAACAUCCUGAAAAAGGCAAAUCAAAAGAGAAUGUUAGGAGACAUGGCCAUUGAAGGAGGCAACUUUACUACAGCUUAUUUUAAGCAGCAAACCAUCCGAGAACUGUUUGAUAUGCCCUUGGAAGAGCCAUCUGGAUCAUCUGUACCCUCUGCCCCUGAAGAAGAGGAAGAGACUGUGGCCAGCAAGCAGACCCAUAUUCUGGAGCAGGCAUUGUGUCGGGCAGAAGAUGAAGAGGAUAUCCGUGCCGCCACCCAAGCCAAGGCCGAACAGGUGGCUGAACUUGCAGAAUUUAAUGAGAAUGAUGGGUUUCUUGCUGGUGAAGGAGAAGAGGCUGGUCGGCCUGGGGCUGAAGAUGAGGAGAUGUCCCGGGCUGAGCAAGAAAUUGCUGCCCUCGUAGAACAGCUGACCCCCAUUGAGCGUUAUGCAAUGAAAUUUCUGGAAGCCUCCCUGGAAGAGGUGAGCCGAGAGGAACUCAAGCAGGCAGAAGAGCAAGUGGAAGCUGCCCGCAAAGAUCUGGACCAAGCCAAGGACGAGGUGUUUCGCCUACCUCGAGAGGAGGAGGAUGGUCCAGGGACUGGGGAUGAGAUUUCCUGUGGUACUAGUGGAGGCAGCCACCGGCGCAGUAAGAAGGCCAAAGCCCCUGAGAGACCUGGGACUCGUGUCAGUGAGCGUCUUCGUGGAGCCCGGGCUGAGACUCAAGGGACAAACCAUACUCCUAUCACAUCUACCCAUCAUACCCGCAGCAACAUCACACCUCCCCAUUGUAGCCCUGCCAAGGAGAGAGUUUCCAGGCCAGCACCUAGACCUCGACCCACUACAGCUUCAGCCCCUGCUGCAAUUCCUAUUCCAGUCCCCGUUCCGGUCUCUGUCCCAAUACCCAUUUCAGCCCCAAAUCCAAUAACCAUUCUUCCUGUUCAUAUCUUGCCUUCUCCCCCUCCUUUGUCUUCACAGAUUCCUCCAUCUUGUGCUUCUCCUGCCUGUACUCCUCCUCCUGCUUGUACUCCUCCACCAGCUCAUACCCCACCACCAGCCCAAACCUCACUCUUAACUCCCUCCUCUCCUCUCUUGCUUGGUCCACCUUCUGUGCCCAUCUCUUCCCCAGUCACCAACGUCCCUUUGGGCUUGGAGCCUGAAGCAAAACCUUGUGCACAAGCAUUAGCAUCUGUGGAGUCCCUGGAUCUGGCUGCCAUCACCAGUUCUGAGAGUUCCUCACUCACUCUUGUGCCCCCUAAGGAUCCAUCGCCAGUUGCUGUUGAGAUUCUGCCAGUGUCAGAAAAGAAUCUCUCUCUUACUCCUUCUGCACCUAGCCCAACCUUGGAGGCUAGCAGUGUCCCCAGUGGUCAAGAACAGGAGAUACCAAAUCCUGCUGAGGGGACCAUCACAGUGCUGCCUGAUGGUGAGGAGUUGCCUAUGUGUCUUAGUGAGAGCAAUGGACUGGAGGUUCCACCCCCAGUAGCGUUUGAUGAGCCACUUCAGGAGCCUUCACAGGCUGGUAGGAAUGCAGAAGAGCCAGUGGAGACCCAUACCCCAAUAUCCAGCCCAGAGAAGCCACAGGAACUGACUACAGCUGAGGUCACAGCCCCAUCAGCCUCCUCUUCAGCGACUUCAUCACCUGAGGGUCCUUCACCUGCUCGGCCCCCUCGGCGUCGUACCAGUGCUGAUGUAGAAAUUAGGGGUCAGGGCACUGGUCGGCCAGGGCAACCGCCAGGCCCCAAAGUGCUUCGCAAGCUGCCAGGCCGGCUAGUAACUGUGGUAGAGGAAAAGGAGUUGGUGAGGCGGCGGCGACAACAGCGGGGAACUGCCAGCACCCUAGUGCCUGGGGUCUCUGAGACCAGUGCCAGCCCAGGAAGCCCAUCUGCUCGCAGCAUGUCAGGGCCUGAAUCCUCAUCUCCUACCAGUGGGCCUUGCGAAGCUGCUCCCCCGUCCUCACAGCCCACCCCAACCCAGCAACCCUUCAUAGCUCGUCGUCGCAUUGAGCUGGGGGUGACUGGUGGGACCAGCCCAGAGAAUGGAGAAGGGGCAUUGCUUGCAAUCACUCCUCCUGCUGUGAAGCGUCGGAGGGGGAGGCCCCCCAAGAAGAACAGAUCUCCAGCGGAUGUUGGGAGAGGCGUGGAUGAGGCACCCUCAUGCACUUCUAAGGGGAAAACCAAUGGGGCUGAUCCAGUCCCUGGGGCUGAGACCCUAAUUGUUGCGGAGCCUGUCCUGGGAUCCCAGCUUCUUAUUGGGCCCCAGACUCCUGGACCCCAGCCAGUUCACAGACCUGAGCCCAUCAUGCUGUCACCUGUGGAGAAAAGAAGGCGUGGGCGACCCCCUAAGGCACGAGAUUUGCCCAUCCCUGGGACCAUUUCUUCUCCAGGGGAUGGCAACUUAGAGAACCGGACGCAGUCACUCCCGCCACCACCGCCGCCGCCGCCACCACCACCACCACCACCACCACCCCCACCCCCACCACUGCUAGCCUGUCCCACCUCUACUGUCGCCAACACUGUCACCACUGUCACCAUUUCGACAUCCCCACCCAAGCGGAAGCGAGGCCGGCCUCCCAAGAAUCCACCAUCACCUCGACCCAGCCAGCUUCCUGUCUUGGACCGUGACAGCUCUUCCAUUCUUGAGAGCUGUGGAUUGGGGAGGCGGAAGCAACCCCAGGGCCAGGGGGAGAGUGAGGGUAGUUCUUCUGAUGAGGAUGGAAGUCGCCCCCUCACCCGCCUGCCCCGCCUACGGCUUGAAGCAGAGGGAAUACGGGGACGAAAGAGUGAAGGGUCCAUGGUAGUAGCUGUAAUUCAGGAUGAUCUGGAUUUAGCAGAUAGUGGGCCAGUUGGGUUAGACUUAACACCACCUGUGGUCUCAUUGGCCCCAAAACUGCGCUCAACCCGGCUGCGUCCAGGGUCUCUAGUCCCCCCACUAGAGACUGAGAAGGUGCCUCGAAAACGGGCAGGGGCCCCAAUUGGUGGGGGCCCUGGGCUGGCAAAGCGGGGUCGCCUACAGCCCCCAAGUCCCCUGGAGCCUGAGGGUUCAAUAGAGGAGUCUGAGGCUGAGGUCUCAGGCGAGGAGGAGGAAGGGGAAGGGAUCCCACGCCGCCGGCCUGGCCCCCGCAGGCUUGUUGGGACCACCAACCAGGGGGACCAGCGCAUCCUGCGUAGCAGUGCCCCUCCCCACCUGGCCGCUCCUACCAUUAGUCACAGAGGCCGCAAGGCCAAGACGUGAGUGGGCUGCCCCUCCAUUUAGGCUUUCCACCAUGGCCACUCUCCCUCCAUGACCAGGCCUGACUCUGUUAACCACUACUUGAAGUCUUUUGAGGGGGAAAGCCUCCAGGGAGACAUAGGGGCCUUCCCUCUUCUUUCCACCAAAGUAGGGGGUAGGCAACUGGUUAUCAUGGAAAUGGGGCUUAUCACAAUCCUCCUUCCCUACCACCCCACAUGGCUGGGCAGUGUUAAGGGUGGCAAGAUAGUCUGUCCCCACCCCCUUGUACUUGAUACCCCAACUAUCUUUCACCCCCCCACACCUUUAGGGGAAUGGGGAGGGGCUUCUUUACAAUGAGUUUUUUUUUUUUUUUCUUUUUUUUUAAGAAGAAAAAAUAAUAAACUUAGUUUCUGUAUGAG